AUGGCGUACACCCCAGAUUUUGAAGAACACUUGAGGCUAUGCCAACUGCUUCAUGAGAGUAGUGAGCAGCCCAAGUAUUACCCUGGAAAUUUUGCCAUGCAACCGCCUGCCUUUGCGGUCGGACAUCCCCCUGUACUAUCUACGAAUUGGGCUCUUUACAGUCCUUCUAUGAACCAUGCAGCCGCAUCUAAUGAACCCAAGGAUUGGCCACAUUACAAACCUUGGAUGAGCGAUGCAGCCGCAUUUAUUGGGCCCAAGGAUUGGCCUGUUUACAAUCCUUCUAUGAUCCAUGCAGCCGCAUCUAAUGAACCCAAGGAUUGGCCUGUUUACAGUCCUUCUAUGAUCCAUGCAUCCGCAUCUAUUGGAUCCAAGGAUGGGCUUCUUUACAGCCCUUCUAUGAGCCAUGCAGCCGCAUCUCUUGACCCAAACUGGACUAUGCAUGCCACCACAGGUAACCCCGUAGUGGAUAACUCAUAUCAGAGCAGCAUACGGUCUUCCUCGACCAUGCAGUAUAGAGCCACCGGGAGAACUGAGGACCACCUCAGCCCUGGUCAAACCACAGUCCGGAUGCAGUCCUCGAUGCCGAGUCUCUCCCCUCAAGAGACGACAACUCCACCAAACGAGCACAACAUGCAGUUUGCCUCGACCAUGCGGUACAGAACCACCGAGGUGGGAACCGAAGACAAUCUCAGUCCCGGUCGCACGUCAAGCCAUACCCAGUCCUCGGCAUCGAGUCCCUCCACCCCAGAGACAACAACUCGACCAAACGAGAACAACUUUGAAGUUGUUGACGUGGAAGCAAUUUCUGCUCAUGGUGACCUCCACCAACAAGAGUGA